UUUUUGAGAAGAAGAGUCAAUUUUCUUUGCUUAUAAAAUAGAGGCCCGUAGCCUGUUUCAUUCUUACUUUGUCCAAAGUGAAGUAAAGGAGCUUGCUUGUCCCUUUUUUCCUCUCUCUAAAGCCCACUUUUGGUAUAAGAGUAAGCAAACGAGGGAAAUAUCUGUGGAGAUUUGGACAUGAAAGGGGAAGUUUUGAAAUCAAGAUUCAAGAGGGUAUGUGUGUUUUGUGGGAGCAGUACUGGCAAGAGGAAAUGUUACAGAGAUGCUGCAGUUGAAUUAGCCCAAGAGUUGGUGGCAAGAAAAUUGGACCUUGUUUAUGGAGGAGGGAGUACUGGGUUAAUGGGUUUGGUUUCACAAGCUGUUCACCAUGGUGGAGGCAAUGUUCUUGGGAUCAUUCCUAGAACUCUAAUGAGUAAAGAGAUAAGUGGUGAAACUAUUGGGGAAGUAAGGGCAGUAGCUGACAUGCACCAAAGAAAGGCAGAAAUGGCCAAUCACUCUGAUUGUUUCAUUGCCCUACCAGGUGGCUAUGGAACUUUAGAAGAGUUAUUAGAAGUCAUAACGUGGGCUCAGUUGGGAAUCCAUGACAAACCCGUAGGUUUGCUUAAUGUUGAUGGCUAUUAUAACUAUUUACUUACUUUCAUCGACAAAGCCGUGGAUGAUGGCUUUAUCAAACCUUCCCAACGCCAUAUCUUUGUCUCUGCACCAAAUUCUAAAGAACUGGUUCAAAAGCUUGAGGAGUACGUGCCUGUGCAUGAUGGUGUCAUUGCUAAAGCAAGUUGGGAAGCUGAGAAGCAGCAACAGCUGGCUUUCACUGCUACUACUACUACUUUACAGACUGAGAUCACUCUAUAAGGGAGAGACAUGAAAAUGGAAUAACAUAGAAAAGAAGCAAAAAAAGAGAGGGUAGUGUUUUAGGCUCUUAGUCUUAGCUUUUUACUUUGAUUGUUGGGUCAUAUAUAUAUAUAUAUAUAUAUAUAUAUAUACCAACCAUGCCAUUAACAAUAUGGUAAGGUUUGAUUAAUGACAAGAGAUAAAGAAAGUUGACAGAAGUGGUCUUGUUUUGGUAUUAAAAGAGGUAAAGCUCAUUUACUUGGGCAUUUAAGUUGUAUUUUGGUUAUCUAUGAUGAUGUAAAAUAUCAUAUAUGUAGAAAGAAUAGGUAGGCUUGCAUUACUUUUGAUGAAAGUUUUACAUAUUUUGUUCUUAGUUGGGUUGGGAUCUGAAUUUCAGACUACAA